AUGGCCACAUCUUCUAGCAUUGAUCAUGUUGCGAAACCUAAGGGACAGCCUCGCACCAAACAGUACACCCUUGAACAUGAUUCAAAGCCACGUAGUUGUAGAUGGUGUGGAAGAACAAGCCAUCCCCGUCGUGACUGCCCAGCGAAAGAUGCUGUAUGUGACACCUGCUCAAAACCAGGACAUUUCAAGUCAGCAUGCUUAAGUGGAAAUGCAUCCAAACGCAACACCACAAAGGUACAUGAAGUCCAAGAUUUUUUCGACGAUGAUUUACCAUUCCUUGGUGAAGUCACAAGUAACAGCGACUACUGGAGUGCUUUCAUUACAGUCGAUGGAAAUCGCACCUGCUUUAAACUUGACACUGGUGCAACUGUCUCCGUCAUCAGCGAUACAGAACCAUGGCUUGCCAAUGUGCAACUCCAGGAAACCACUCAGUUACUUCGUGGUCCGGGAGGCACUCCUUUACCAGUGAAAGGAAUGCUGACUGCUACACUGCAAUACUCCGAAAGGAAAAUCACUGAGCGCCUCUACGUCAUUCAAAAUCAGAGAUGUUCACUCCUCAGUAAACGAGCAUGUGUCAAUCUUGGCCUCAUCAAGAGAGUGAAUGAAGUAAAGCAGAUUUCGACGCCGGACUUCAGAGCAGAAUUCCCUGGGUUGUUCACUGGCCUUGGAAAACUUCAGACGCCAUACCAUAUCACACUGUGCCCCGACACCAAGCCAGUAUGUUUGUACACACCAAGAAAAGUGCCCCACCCACUACUACCACAAGUGGAAAAAGAAAUCCAAUCCAUGCUCAAACAAGGGGUUAUUUCUCCGGUGACAUCGCCAACAACAUGGUGUUCCGGCCUGGUUGUCAUUCCAAAAUCAAACGGUAAACAUCGCAUAUGCGUCGACCUAACCAAUCUCAACAAGAGCGUCUUACGAGAAAUUCAUCCAAUGUCAUCAGUUGAUGAGAGCCUAGCGAAGCUUGGAAGAAGUACAAUAUUUUCUAAGCUAGAUGCAAAGAGCGGAUUUUGGCAGAUACCACUUGAUGCAGAAUCCACACUCUUGACUACAUUCAUCGCUCCUUCAGGCCGAUAUUGCUUCAACCGGCUACCCUUUGGCAUCAGUUCUGCACCUGAGAUUUUCCAAAGAGCCAUGUCUCAAGUUCUUGUUGAUCUCAACGGUGUCAUCUGCCAUAUGGACGACAUUCUCAUUCAUGGUGCCACACAACUCGAGCAUGAUGCACGUGUGCGGGCAGUCCUGCAACGACUACAUAACGCAGGUCUCACCCUCAACGAAAAAUGUGAGUUUUCCAAACACUCCAUCAAGUUCUUGGGCCACGUGAUAGACACAGCAGGGAUUCACGCAGAUAAAGGCAAAACUACAGCCAUCGCAGAAUAUCCUGUCCCCUCCAACAUCACUGAGCUUCAGAGAUUCAUGGGAAUGGUCAACCAACUCGGCAAAUUUGUCCCUGGUUUGGCAGAGAUUAACGAGCCAUUGCGCCAGUUGCUCAGGAAAGACACAAUCUGGUAUUGGGGGGAAGCCCAGCAGAGUUCUUUUCAACGAGUGAAAGAUCUACUUCUCUCAUCUGCAGUCCUGGCUCACUAUGAACCAUCUCGUCCAACCUUUGUAGCCACGGAUGCUUCUUCAUCUGGAAUUGGCGCCGUUCUGCUUCAGACUCAAGACAAUGGUAAACGUCACCCAAUAUGCUACGCAUCGCGUUCUCUAUCCGACACGGAGAAGCGAUAUGCAGUCAUCGAGAAGGAAGCAUUAGCUGCAACCUGGGGUUGUGAGAAGUUCUCUGACUAUGUCCUCGGUCUCCACUUCACUCUUGAGACAGACCACAAACCACUUGUGUCUCUCCUUCAGACAAAGGAACUUUCCAAGAUGCCCCCACGUAUUCUUCGGUUCCGUCUUCGAUUGAUGAGAUUUAGUCCGACUGUUGAGUAUGUUCCCGGCAAGCUCCAGACUACUGCUGAUGCACUAUCCCGUGCUCCUGUUGGUACACCAGACGAAACCGACACAGCUCUGAUAUCCGAAAUAGAGCAUUUCACUAAUCACGUGUUGACUUCACUACCAGCAACAUCACAACGUCUACUCGAAAUUGUUGCAGCACAGAAAUCAGAUGAGGAAUGCACACAAAUAAAGGAGUUCUGCAUUGGCGGUUGGCCCGUAUACAUGCCACACACUCCACUACUGCGCCAGUACUGGGAAAACCGAAGCCAUCUCUCUAUCCUCGAUGAUCUUCUUCUGUAUGAUGAUCGCAUUGUUAUCCCACGAUCCAUGAGAUUGGAUAUACUUGAUCGUAUCCAUCAAGGCCAUCUUGGUAUCACUAAAUGCCGAGCCCGAGCACGCACAUCUGUUUGGUGGCCUGGUCUCUCCAAGAGUAUUGAAGACAUGAUCUCCAAUUGUGUGACAUGUGCAAAGCAUCGACCAGAACAGCGUGAACCUCUCAUGCCAGCAUCAUUUCCGUCACGCCCCUGGGAAAGACUGGGAGCAGAUUUGUUUGAGUAUCGAGGGAAAAUCUACCUCAUCGUUAUUGACUACUAUUCACGCUGGAUAGAAAUCAAGUCUCUCCCAUCUGUCCAAACCUCAGCUGCUGUGAUCCAAGCCUUGAAGGAAAUCUUUGCAGUACACGGAAUCCCAGAUGUGAUUAUGUCCGACAAUGGGCCACAAUUCAGCUCAGCCUCAUUCCUCCAGUUUGCAAAGACGUAUGGAUUCAUCCACACUACUAGUUCCCCACGGUACCCACAGGCAAAUGGGGAAGCCGAGAGAGCAGUUCGCACGAUCAAAGGGCUGCUUAAGAAGAACACAGACCCGUACCUCGCCCUUCUGAUGUAUCGCUCAUCCCCACUUCAAAAUGGCUUGUCCCCAAGCGAACUAUUGAUGGGCAGGAAACUAAAGACAACCCUGCCUAUCCUUCCAUCAAAUCUACAUCCGAAAGCUCAACAGGACCAGACGAUCAGACAGAAAGAAGAAGCGUAUCGCACAAAGCAACAGCACAACUUCAAUCUUCGUCACCGUGCUACGACUCUACCAACACUACACCCUGGUGACUCAGUUUGGAUCCGAGACCAGAACCGCCAAGGGACCAUCCUCGCUAAAUCAUCCCAGCCACGUUCUUACAUUGUUGAAACCAAUCUUGGCACAGUUCGUCGCAAUCGAUCAGCUCUCGUCACCACACCAGACCACACCCCUCAACCACCCGACCCAGAUGCACUACUGUCUCCACCCUCUGAUGUAACCACGCAGACAAUACUUCCUACUAACAUGCAGCAGUUUCCUCCAUCCACUUCUCCAGAGAAACAAUCUCCGUCGUUGUCCCCACCACCGAGUACUCCACCACCAGCGGUGAUGACGAACCCGAUCAGGACGUUUAGUGAAGCCGCCUUACCGCCUUGA